ACAAAUGGGGUGCACAAAUACAGAUCCAGUGGUUUAUCACAUAAUUGUGCAGGGCAUGAACAAAAAUGAUAACGCGAUAGAAAUCCAUUAUUAUUUGUUGAGUUUGUGUGUUGGUGAUACCUUUGCAGUUGCCAUCGUUUGUUUUGGCACUUCUCUGUGGUGAAAUUCUGUGUUUUGAAUAAACAACUAUAGGCUAGAUAUAAGAAGAUGGCUUGAUAAUAGUUAUUCUACGGUACUUCUGUGUGUGUUUGUCGUAGAAAGAUGUACCGGUAUACCUGUUUUCUAGUUCUAGUAAAAUCACACCAGAAAAUCGUUCAAUGAAAUUCCUGCUGGUAGGAAAAUGAUGCAAUCUUUACCGUUAAAUAGCAAAUUUCUGCUCUAUCAUUCUGUUUGUGUUCAGUUGACCGUAUAUCUGGGCUUUUGUUUGACUGGUGAUAACAACUUCCCUACUUGAACAGAUUUCUACCAAUGCAGAUGUACACAGAGUUUUUUUAUUCUGAUUAAACAGCCACCUCACUUCUAUUAAACUGAUAGGCCUGUGAUAGUAAAUAGUAAAUAGUAAUAGUAAAUAUAGCAUUGUAGUAGUCAUAAAAUAGCAAUCGAUUUUUUUUUUGUAGUUAUAAGUUUCUUAUAAUUUGGAUAAUUUGGCACAAUAAUUUGGAUAUCUGACGUUUUCUUAUUGUUAUUUUUUUUACACAAUAUGUACAUCGAUAAACAUAAACUUGUGUUCUACACUGUAACUGAGCUAGUUGACAGCAUAUAUUGUUUGUAUUUUUUGUGUAUUCAGACAAGUGGUUUCCCAUUACCGCCUUCUAUUUUAGUUUUACGGCAUAAAUACGGUGGCCUUUAUCGGUUGCAGUUAGCCUCUUGUCCGUCUAAUCAAAGUGCAUCGGUGUAUCAUUACGUGACAGUUACACUAUCAACUGUGUUGUAAUCUAACUACAGAACAACGAUGGGAUCGCCACUUCGAUGGGGAAUUGCUAGCGCCGGCAAGAUCUCGCACGAUUUCGUGAAUGCUGUCGGAACGUUGCCAGCGGCGGACCAUCAGGUAGUAGCUGUAGCUGCCCGAAAGCUGCUGGAUGCUGAAAAAUUUGCCACUCUCCAUGGUAUUGAACGGGCAUACGAAGGCUAUCAGGCGUUGGCGAAAGAUCCAAACGUAGAUGUCGUUUACAUUGGGGCAGUUAAUAACGCACACUACGAGCUCGGAGUGCUGAUGUUACAGCACGGCAAGCAUGUGCUGUGCGAAAAACCGCUCUGUCUGAACGAAGGCCAAUCAAAGCGGCUCGUCAAGAUGGCAAGUGAACGGAAUCUCUUCCUCAUGGAAGCUAUCUGGUCCCGAUUUUUCCCGUUUUAUCGUCAACUCCGCGAGCGCAUUGACCGUGGGGAGCUGGGAGAGAUUCGCGAGGUGGAGGUAGAGUUUGGGUUCGUACUGUCCGAUGUCGAUCGCUUGCGGCUCAAGAGUCUCGGCGGAGGCACCGUACUGGAUCUGGGAGUAUACACGAUACAGAUGUGUCUGUGGGGGUUCGGUGGAAAAGCACCGGAAAAAGUGGUGUCGUCUGGUGUGACCAAUGACGAGGGCGUUGAUUUGGAGGUAACGGCUGAGCUGCAUUUUCCCGGCGGAGGUAUUGGGCGUAUGAAAACGAGCGCUCUGCGGCAGCUAAAAAAUACCGCCGUAGUUCGUGGCAGUAAAGGCAGUGUAACGCUACACGACUUCUGGUGUCCACAGUUAUUCACCGAUGUUGACGGCAAGGAACUAGUAGACACGCUUCCCAACGCUCGGCAUCCGUUCAAUUUUACUAACAGUUGUGGUUUACGGUACGAGGCAGAGGAAGUGCGCCAGUGCAUUGUAGCUGGCCGAUUGCAAUCGGCGUCUGUAUCACAUGUGGACAGUUUGCUAAUUGCCCGCAUCCAGGACCAAAUUCGAAAGCAGGUUGGCGUAGUUUUCGCGGAAGAUGAGCAGUUUGCUGUUUAAAAUUCGUUAUCAUCUUCCGUAAACACAUUUAAGCUGCUGCUUCAUUUCAGGGGGGUUUCAGUUGAGGUGUAUUAUUACUUUCAUAUAAUGGUGAAAAGUCGUUUGGAGAUUAUCAGAUUAAAUCAAACUUAUGACAAUCAUACUGGAUAUAAUUAACAAGUUACUGAUAGUCUGUUCAACAUUCUAUCAGAAAAAAAGAAAAGGAAAAAUUUGAUAAAAAAGGAAGGAUUAUUAUUUUACUAAAUACAAGUUUGCUUGGUAAUAACCAUUAAAUAAAUAUUCAACUAAAACAUAAA